UACAGCGAUGUUGACUGAGAGCGGAACAGAUGUGACUUGUGAACAGUCGUAGCAGCAACGUUCAAUAUGUUUGCAUAAAAUUAAGUUACUGGUAUAAAUAGCCUAUAUCAAAUGUUCUCCCUCUGUACCUACCUCAUUCGAGCCUUGAUAUGCGUAGGAUUCUAUUUUUAUAUUGAAUAAAGGCGAAUCCACAUUGCAGUGAUCUAGUAAAUACAUGGAUUGGUGCGAAAGGAUUAGGUUUUUGGAAACCGAGGAAAUAAAGCUCAUUGCGAAGGACAAUUUGAUUUAUAUUUUCACACGGAUGUUUUAUUUGUUUGCUUAGGCAAUUUGAUUUUUACAUACCUCUGAGACUAAGUCUUUUGAUUGGAUGGAGAUAUGAACCGCAAUACGAAUGAAUGAGGAAUGGCAAUAUAACCGGCUAACUGAAAGUGGAGACUGGAAAGAACAUAUUCUUCUUUCACGGGAAUAAAACUGCGCUGUAGCUUGUUACGGUCAGCUUGUGGCGUCAGGUUUGGAAAGUAAAUAUCAGAGGUCGUUAUGAAAGAACGCGGAGUUGUACCUUGUGUUUCGGACUGAGUGGAUAUUUAAGGGUCAUUUGGAGAUCAGACAAGGCAACAGCGCGAACAGUCAGUGCACCUUUCCACCGAACCCAAGCGCUCCCGUUCAUUUUGAGAACAUACUGCAAGCCUACUUUGAAGAUUGCUUGCGUACCAUCGGAAUUGAAUUUGAAUUUGGUUUCAGAGCAAAUGUCUUAUAUGUAGCGCAUUUGUGGAGAAUGCACAGUUCCGAACGAGAAACGGACAUGAUCUUUUUCUGUGAGCAAAACAAUGAAUAUUAUAUUCAACUUUAGCACCAUGUUCCUUGUCAAGUCCCGAUACUCUUCCGAGAAUUUGGUUGGAAGCCGACGACAUUAAAUAACUGAAUUGAAACAGUCAUGUUUUACUGAAGGAAACCGAAUCUCAUAACAUCCCUUAAAACCCAAAGCGACAUACUGGAGGAAAUACGGUAGCUUAUAGUUCUAAACUAAGCAAUCGUUUUCAUUUCACCAACCGGAUCAUUAUUUUUCUAAAGAUAAAAGCAAGCAUGGGGGAGCAGCCCAUCUACAGCACCCGGGCCCACGUCUUCCAGAUCGACCCCAACACCAAGAAGAACUGGGUGCCCACCAGCAAGCACGCCGUCACCGUCUCCUACUUCUACGACAGCACCCGCAACGUCUACCGGAUCAUCAGCCUGGACGGGACCAAGGCAAUAAUAAAUAGCACCAUCACCCCCAACAUGACAUUCACCAAGACGUCGCAGAAGUUCGGGCAGUGGGCGGACAGCCGGGCCAACACGGUGUACGGGCUGGGCUUCUCCUCGGAACACCAUCUGAUGAAGUUUGCGGAGAAAUUUGCGGAGUUCAAGGAGGCCGCGCGGUUAGCGAAGGAGAAAUCCCAGGAGAAGAUGGAGCUGACCAGCACCCCUUCUCAGGAAUCAGCAGCCGGGGACCUUCAGUCGCCGCUCACCCCCGAGAGCAUCAACGGCACGGACGACGAGAGGGUCACCCCGGACGCCAGCCCCAACUCUGAGCCUCGGCCGGAGCCCACGCAGAACGCGCUGCCGUUCCCACACAGUUCUGCCAUCAACAAGCACUGGGAGGCGGAGCUAGAGGCGCUGAAGAGCAACAACGCCAAGCUGACGGCAGCGCUGCUGGAGUCGACAGCCAAUGUCAAACAGUGGAAGCAACAGCUGGCAGCCUAUCAGGAGGAGGCUGAGAGACUUCACAAACGGGUAACGGAGUUGGAGUGCAUGAGCGGCCAGACCAACGUGAUAAAAUCACACAAGACAGAACUCAACCACACGAUAGAGGAGCUGGAGUCCACGCUGAAAGCCAAGGAAGAGGAAGUGGAACGGUUGAAAGAUGAGGUGGAGAAUGCCAACCAGCUGCAGACCCAAAGAGACUCAAUCGCUGAGAAACUACAGGAGACAGAGAUGAGGAACCAGGACCUGGAGGCCCAGCUGAGGGAGGUGGAGAACCGGCUGGAGAGCAGCCAGCUGCAGCAGGAGGCCUUCAGGAAGAACCUCAAAACCCUGCUGGAGAUCCUGGACGGGAAGAUCUUCGAGCUCACCGAACUGCGGGACAGCCUUGCCAAGCUCGUUGAAUGCAGCUAGAGCACCGCCCAACACCAACAUCAGCUAGAGCUCCCCCUUCCAAACAACAUCAACUAAAUCUUCCUCCCCCACACCAACAUCAGCUUGAGUUCCCAGUGCGCCACACCAAAAUCAGCUAAAGCUUCCUGUGCCCCCACGAACAUCAGUUAGAGAUCAUUCCCCAUCCAAAAAACUUCAGCUAGAGCUCCCUCCCCCCACCAACAUCAGCUAGAGCCCCCCCCACCCCACCACCAUCAACAUCAGUUAGAGCUUUUUGUGCCCCCAACAAACAUCUGCUAGAGCUUCCCACCAACAUGAGCUACAGCCGCCCCCCCCGCCCCCAACUCAGCGAAGUAACCCCACGCAGUGCUCGCCACGACACACAGACUCAAGGAGGGGCCACCCAGGGAGUCCUGCCUGCCUGCGUUUUCCCGCCUUUCCCAGCAGGAGCGCCAUUGUUUCCAUUUGAACGUAAAGCGAACGACAAACUUCUACUGACUUUUUUUUUUUACGUUGGUAGAAUUCUUUUUUAAGAAAAUAUUCAAUAUGGUCUUUCUUUGGUUUCUUUACAUUUUCAAGAGGUGGUAUAUUCUGCGUAUUGUGCCUCUAUAAAGCAGGUAAGAACUUUUAAAAUUUAUCAAUUAAUAAGGUACACCUUCACCAACUGGUUUCUGUUUUCCUCUUGUGAUUUCUGUGUAAUGACGGACAUCAUCAACCUGAGCUAUGGCGGCACAUUGGAACGAUGGAGAUUGCAUACGUUGUCCUCUUCAGAAUCCCUCCACUGGCUUUCUAGAGGAUUCCUCCAAAUCGGCUCCUUGACAAAAUAGGAGCCGCGUCAGGAGCGACUGUGCGGACUGCUGCUUCUGGGGACCCAGCACCCCCCCGAUCCGAAAAGGCUUCUGUUUCUCCCAGAUGUGACUGCCUGCCAGAUCCUGGAUGAGACGAACACAGGAAAGUCACAAUUCAACAGAACGACAACUGCGGAGAGGAGCGCGUGUGGAUUUAGUGUACAGAAGAGACGAAAAUACACUGAGCAAUACAAGAGAGAGACAGAGCUUCUGGGAAACAAUGCUUUCUCCCAAUCAGGUAUUUUAUUACUCUCCCUGAAGUGGACAGUACAGCGAGACCCUCACUUCAAAGGAACUCCGCUCCAGUGCAGUGCUGAGAUUGGUCAGCAGUGAAUAUAAAGCAGUCUUUCAUUUCUAUAUAUUUGUUCUUUUUAUAUGUCUAUAAAUCACAUUUAUACUCCUUGUAAAAAAAAAUUGAACUACUGUAUACAGGACUUGAAUCUGCAAUGUUUUCCCAUUUGUUGCCGGAAGAGCAACGGUAGACUUGACUCCCUCACCUUUCUGAUAUUUCGCUGAAUAUUAAUAUAAUAAUUAUGAUUAUUGUAAGAGAUAUUGAAAUGAAGGUGGUUUUGUUUAGACCUCAAAUGAUUUUUGCUUUUUUUUUCUCUCUUUUUUCUAAAAUAUGAUACUUGGGUAUUAUAAUUGUAUUUAUAGGUGUGAAAUAUGGCAAUAUUUUUUAUCUAUUUAAAAUCAGAUCAAUUGAACAAAAAUAAAAAACAGCCACUUGAACAAAGAAAUUCA